CCUGCAAAGCUGGGGCCCGGCUGGGCGCGAAGAAAGCGCCGCGACGCGAGACGGUGGCGCGCCGCAGAGCAAGGGACGCGGGCGCGCAGGCAGCGGCAGAGCAGCAGAGGCGAUGCGCUGUGCGCCCCAGGGACGCGCGCGUGUGCUUAAGAAGGCCGCCUCGCCGCAGCUCGCCACUCUGCUCCGCAACCUUCCUCCCUUCUCCCACCCCGCCUCUUCCCACCAUGGCGACGCAGCAGGAGAUCCAGCACGUCAACUCCAAGGGCAGCGUGUCGCCCAGCGACGAGAAGGCGCAGCACAAUGCCGAGGUCAACUCCUUCACCGACCCCGACGCGCCCGGCGAGAUCGAGCGCGGCGACCUCCAGCGCGCCCUCAAGCCCCGCCAGAUCUCCAUGAUAGCUAUCGGAGGAGCAAUCGGCACUGGUCUUAUCAUUGGUACGGGCGCUGCUCUCUCUCAGGGUGGUCCCGCCGGUCUUCUCAUCGGCUACACGGUCAUGGGCGCCGUGUGUUUCUGCGUCAUGUGCGCUCUCGGCGAGAUGUCCGCGUCGCUCCCACACAAGCGCGGCUUCACGGGCUACGCCACGGACUUCGUCGACCCCGCGUUCGGCCUGGCCACCGGCUACAACUACCUGUGCAAGUACCUCAUCGUCACGCCGAACCAGCUGUCCGCCUCGGCCAUCCUGGUGUCCUACUGGGCGCCCACGCUCAACCCGGCCGUCACGAUCUCCGCCUUCCUCGUCGCCAUCAUCGCCAUCAACUUCCUGGGCAUCCGCUACUUCGGCGAGAUCGAGUUCUGGCUGUCGUUCUCCAAGAUCAUCGUGCUCACGGGCCUGAUCAUCCUCGGCAUCAUCCUCGACCUCGGCGGCGGCCCGACGGGCGACCGCAUCGGCUUCCGCUACUGGAACGGCCUCGACCGCGCCUUCAACCAGUACAAGGUGCCCGGCGCGCUCGGCCGCUUCCUCGGUGUGUGGAGUGUCAUGACGCUCUCGCUCUUCGCCUACAUGGGCUCCGAGCUCGUCGGCGUGUGCGUCGGCGAGACGGCCAACCCGCGCAAGGCCAUCCCGUCCGCCAUCAAGAAGACGUUCUUCCGCAUCCUCGUGUUCUACAUCAUCGGCUCCACGCUCUGCGGCAUGCUCGUGCCGCGCGACGACCCGCGCCUCGUCGGCUCCGCCGGCGCCAAGAAGGGCACGGCCGGCUCGUCGCCGUUCGUCAUUGCCAUUGUGCGCGCCCAGAUCCCGAUUCUGCCCUCGCUCGUCAACGCCUGCCUGCUGCUCUUCACGCUCUCGGCCUCCAACUCCGACCUCUACAUCGGCGCGCGCACGCUCUACGGCCUCGCCGCCGACGGCAAGGCGCCCAAGAUCUUCCUCAACUGCAACAAGCGCGGCGUGCCGUACGUCUGCCUCGCCCUCUGCUCCGUCUUCUGCGGCCUCGCCUACAUGAGCGCCUCGACGGGUGGCGCGCAGGCGUUCGGCUACCUCACGUCGACCGUGUCCAUCUUCGGCGGCCUCACGUGGUGCUCGAUUCUCUUCUCGCACAUCCGCUUCAUGAAGGCGUGCAAGGUCGAGGGCAUCGACCGCAACGACCUGCCGUACAAGAGCCCCGCCGGCCCGUACGGCUCGUGGUUCGCGCUCAUCCUCACGAUGAUCGUGCUCUUCUUUAAGGGCUUCGCCUCGUUCAUCGGCCCGCGCUUCGACUACCGCAGCUUCAUCACGCACUACAUCGGCCUGCCCGUCUUUGCGCUCCUCUACAUUGUCAGCAAGAUCAUGUGGAAGAGCAAGCUGGUGAAGCUCGACGAGAUGAACCUGCGCGAGCGCGCCCGCACCUUCGACGACCUCAACAUCAAGGAGGACGAGGAGGACCAGCCGCGCAACAUGAAGGAGAAGGUGGCGCACUGGGCCAAGAACUGGUAAUCGACUGCCGUCGUCGCCUGCUCUCCUCCAUCUGCCUGCCCUUCCUUCCUCCUCUGCUCGGCCCCUUCACGCGCCCCCGUCGUCGC